GUAAGUAUAAUCUGAGUAAAGGCAGAGCCCGUCUUCCAGUCAUAUGAGGGGGUAAAGGUCAACCCUGUUGAUGAGAAACAUGGCGGCUCCCAUUGACAGGAUGGGACUGCUCUUAUUGACCCUGUUGCCUGUGCUUUUUAGCAUCUCUGACGCUGUGGAUCGUAGUAACUUCAAAACAUGUGAACAAAGUGCCUUCUGCAAGCGUCAGAGAGAUGUGAAGCCUGGACAGUCUCCCUAUAGGGCCCUGCUGGAGACGUUGGAGCUCAGUGAUACACGCCUUACACUGCAGCUGAUCAACGACAACAACAAGGUGCGAUUACUGCUGGAGCUCUACAGACUGCAGGGGAACAUGACACGGGUCAAAAUUAAUGAGCUCAAACCGCUCAAGCCACGAUAUGAGGUGCCUGAUGUUCUUGUCAAAGACCCCCCUACUGAACCUCUCUCGGUGCUAAAUCGAGAUGAAAAUGGCGUGGUCCUCUCCCUCGGGGCGGACUCCCAGCGGCUCAUCAUCAGCGCCCGUCCCUUCCGUCUCGAUAUUGUGGACGGGCCGAACGUCCUGCUGUCCAUCAACUCCCGAGGCCUGCUGGUGUUUGAACACCUCCGCCUGCGCAAGGACACUAUCUCUCAUAAAAUAACUAGCACAGUCGGUAGCAUGUGGGAUAAGAUCAAGAACGUGUUCUCUAGUAAAAGUGAGACAGACACUGAACAGGAUGUGGAACAGAAUGUGGCUGAGAAGGGCGAGGGUGAGGAGGAGGUGAAGGAGGAGGAAGAUCAGCCAGGCAUGUGGGAAGAGACCUUCAAAUCUCACAGUGACAGCAAGCCCAAUGGCCCAACCUCAAUCAGUUUAGACUUCUCUUUUCCCGGAGUUGAACAUGUCUAUGGCAUUCCAGAACAUGCAGACACCCUCAAACUUAAAUCAACAGAAGGAGGGGACCCGUACCGGCUGUACAAUCUGGACGUGUUCCAGUACGAGCUCCACAACCCCAUGGCUCUGUAUGGCGCCGUACCCGUGCUCCUCUCGCACACCACAGACAGGACCAUGGGCGUCUUCUGGCUCAACGCCGCCGAGACCUGGGUGGACAUCAGUUCCAGUGCGUCCGUACAGGGUGGCAGUGAGAAGUCACAGACAGAUGUGCGUUGGAUCUCUGAGAGUGGCAUCAUUGACGUCUUUGUUAUGCUAGGACCCCGGCCCACUGACGUGUUCUCCCAGUACGCCUCCCUCACAGGUACUCAGUCUUUUCCCCCACUCGCUGCCUUGGCUUACCAUCAGUGCCGGUGGAACUACAAUGACCAGGAGGAUGUGAAGGCCGUGGACGAUGGCUUUGACGAGCACGACAUUCCGUACGACUUCAUUUGGCUGGACAUUGAACACACAGACGGCAAGCGCUACUUCACCUGGGACCCACUUAAGUUCUCUCAGCCUCGUGAAAUGCUUCAGAACCUGAAGGACAAAAAGAGAAAAAUGGUCACCAUUGUGGACCCUCACAUCAAAGUGGACAGCGGUUACAAGAUCCACAAAGAGAUCAGUUCAAAGGGUUUUUACAUUAAAAAUAAAGAUGGUGGUGACUAUGAGGGAUGGUGCUGGCCAGGGAAUGCCGGCUACCCAGACUUCACCAAACCUGAAAUGAGAGCCUGGUGGGCUAGUAUGUUUGCUUAUGACCAGUAUGAGGGAUCCAUGGAAAACCUCUACACAUGGAAUGACAUGAACGAGCCUUCCGUGUUCAACGGUCCUGAGGUCACUAUGCACAAGGAUGCGUUGCACGGGGUGUGGGAGCACAGGGAUGUCCACAACCUGUACGGCUUCUACGUGCAAAUGGCCACUGCCCAGGGUCUUAUCCAGAGGUCCGGCGGAGUGGAGAGGCCUUUUGUCCUGACCAGAGCUUUCUUCGCCGGAUCCCAACGUUAUGGUGCGGUGUGGACAGGGGAUAACGCGGCCGAGUGGGGCCACCUGAAGAUGUCCAUUCCCAUGUGUCUCAGCCUGGGCCUGGUGGGCAUCUCAUUCUGUGGAGCUGAUGUCGGCGGCUUCUUCAAGUCUCCCAACCCGGAGCUGCUGGUGCGCUGGUACCAGGCGGGCGCUUAUCAGCCCUUCUUCCGGGCUCACGCUCACCUGGACACCCCGCGGCGCGAGCCCUGGCUCUUCGGCCCGGAGAACACGGCGCUGAUCCGCGAGGCGGUGCGGCAGCGCUACACCCUGCUGCCCUACUGGUACCAGCUCUUCUACCACGCCCACCGCACCGGCCAGCCCGUCAUGAGACCUCUGUGGGUUGAGUACCCUGAAAAUGCUGCUACGUUUGCUAUUGAGGAUGAGUUCCUGCUGGGUAAAGACCUGCUUGUUCAUCCAGUCACUGAUGAAGGAUCACGUGGAGUAACAGCCCACUUGCCUGGGGAAGGAGAGGUUUGGUAUGAUGUCCAUACAUACAAGAAGCACCAGGGAAACCAAAAUCUUUACAUUCCUGUCACCAUGAACUCCAUUCCUGUCUUUCAGAGAGGCGGCUCCAUCAUCAGCAGGAAGGAGCGUGUACGGAGGUCGUCCUUGUGUAUGCAAGAUGACCCGUACACUCUCUAUGUGGCUGUCAACGCACAGGGAACGGCAGAGGGAGAACUUUACAUUGACGAUGGCCACACCUUCAAUUACGAAAAGCAGCAGUUUAUUCACAGGCGUCUGACCUUUGCUGAAGGCGAAUUGUCAUCGAGCAACCUGUCUCCAGACUCUCAGUUCUCCACAGCCUCUUGGAUAGAGAAGGUGGUCUUCAUGGGAGUCACCAAACCUAAUGCUGCUACUCUCAGGACUGCUGGUGGCUUGGAGUCUGCUCUGGAGUUUGAGUUUGAACCGGCCACUGAGCUGCUCUCUCUGCGUAAGCCUGGUGUGAACGCAGGGGCCGACUGGACCAUUCAGCUACGGUAGCCCACGGCUGUGAGUGUGGACUCGCAUACGUCCUACGUCCUCCUCUGCUGUUAAAAAGCAGGGAAUGGUUAGCACUUACAGCUGUUUUACUCACACACACACACACACUCAGACACACACAUGCAUUCAAAGGCACUCAUUUUACAGGGUGGAAGUUUGGAAUUAGGUGUCCAUUCAGGAAAAAUACGUAGACAUAGGGGAUGGGAUUAACCUUUUAGACAUUUGUUCCUCUUCUGCCACCUGAAACCAGGCACUGAGACUUCAGCUUGCUAGGGCCGCAUUUUUAGACUAUUUCUUAGGAUCAUUUGAUCUAAGUUGGAACAGUUCUUUGAAAAUGAUUUUGACAAUGUCUUUCUUAGUGUUAUUUGUUUUGAUUAUGUUGUCAUACUUUUGGAAAAAAAAGAAUCACAUGAAUAAAAUAUACUCAGACAUUCAGGUAUGUGAAAAGAGGUUGCACUUACAAACAGCUGUGUCCAAUGGAAUGGUUGGAUUUGGGGAUUGUUGUUCUUGUUGUUUGUUGUUCUUAGUAUAAUUUUCAUUUACUUGAAUUUAUGGCAAGUGUUUACAUUUGCUAUUAAGUGACUAAAACUAAAGUAUUAUGACAUUUAAUGUUUAGUAAUAAUUAAAUAAAUUCAAUAAAUAAACUGGCAGUUUUGAAAUCAAGAAAUCAAGUUACAUCAGUGAUGACAAGGUGCAGUGUACAUUCCACUACUCAUGUAGAAGAUGCCUGCAGCAAAAUUGACCAAAUGAAGGAUGAGGGUGACAUUUUAAAAUAUAAAAUAUUUUUACCAUAAUGGCCUCACUCUUCACAAUCGAGGCACAUUCUUUCCUGUAUGUUUAACAUGUCACCUCAUUUCUUGUUUAAGGGCUCAUAUGAUGUUACCUCAAGCAGUUGAUUUACCCUUUACAUAAAUACCACCAAAACUGAAUGGUGAGACGGACAAAUAUGGAGUCUUUUACUGCAUAAAACUGUCACAAGAAAUGCAGUUAAGUAUAGUAUUUGUAGGUUUUGAAUAACUUAUACAGUAUUAAAUAUGUCAUUAUAAGAAUGUGCUUAAAAUUGGACUAUAGAACAGGGGUGGGGUCUAUGGGUGGUAGGAUGUUAUUUUCAGCACUACCCUUCAACAAAUGAACUGGGUGACAAAAAUAAUAAAACAAACAGAUUCA